AUGGCUUUAAGAGGCUGCAGUGGAAGUGAACUGUAUGCUUCUGAGGAUGGUGUAGGUGACCUAACCUGCCCAGAAGCAACUCUGCCAGACCUUCCUCACCUGCUUCAGGACUCCGUGUCUCUGACAGAUUGUAAUGACAUGACUUGUGAUCCUCAGGAAGAACAAACAGAGUAUCAUAGUGUUGUUUGUGGAGGUAUACUUGAAAGUCAUUCUUGUGGGACUAAGGAAAGGGUUUGUCCAAAUCUGCUCGUCUGUGACAGUUUAGAACAUGGAGAGGUGAAAGACAUACUGCUGAUCGAGGGCAUGCUGCCACCCCAGAUCACUACAAGUGAAGAAGUGUCUGGAAAGAAUGACAGACACAUUCCCAGCGUCUCAGUGAAGCGCAGCAAUCCUUUACUGCCACCAAGAGAAAGGGCCCCUGCUGUAGCCACAGAAGUUUGUGAAUGUGUAGGGGACUCCUAUUUCUCCGGUUGUGAAGAAUCUACUGUCAGCACAGGUGGUGCUAGCUGCACUGACUUCACUGCAAAGGGUGCUGAAGCCCAGUUUCCAGUCUCUGCAAUUCUCAUUAGCAAGAAUCCUUUUUUUGGGUUAAAAGUUGCAGAUAAAUCCUUGCAUGGAAAUACCAGCUGUCCAAACUUGGAGUUGGAGCAUCGUGAAACCUUGAAAAGCGUUGCCCGUGUCUCUACCAUUACCCAAACUGUUGAUGUGAGUUCUGAUUUUAGAACUUGCUUUACAACAAGCAGAAGUACAAGUACUCAGGUUUGUCUUUCGUCCAGGGCUAUUAAUACAGAGAUAACAAUGAUGAACAAAUCUCGUCCUGCGGGAUGGCGCUGCGAAACCUGUGCAGACGUUGUUUGCAAUGCAGACUGGUUGUUUGGAGCUGGUAGCGUAGAGGAAAUUUGGUCACAGCUUCCUGAAACUUUGGAAAAACACUUGGAUGGCAAUACUGCAACAGCUGACAGAAGUUUGCAAAUUCAGAAACAGUGGAAAUCAAGAAAUGAGCUGUGUAGCAGUGAUUUAAAGAUGGGCACUGACAGGCCGGUACACCUUAACAAACAAGAUGUGAAGAAUUCUGCAUCAAGCUGCUGUCAAAAAAUACUGCAGAGAGCGAUUGAAGCAGAAUUGCAGAUUCUAAACACUCAUUAUCAUAUGUGCAGUCAGCACUGCUUGAAGAUUUACCUACUGGCUUUGGAGGAAAGCACAUGUUCUAUCAGCUAUUUUCACAGAUGUAGUGGAAAUACCGAAUUGGGUUUAUCUCUCAAGGUGGUUUUGGAAGACCUAAGAAAGAAUUACAACAGUAUGAGAAUGAAAAUAAAAAUGGGUGUACCUUUAAAUGCACUUCCACCACUAUCAGUUGAGACAAAGCUGUUUCCGAUGUCUUCUUAUGUCCCAUGCAAGGACAAUCUACAGACCAUAUGUUUAACUGAAGGCGGCCAGCCAAGUGACUGUAUUUCCUCUGAGACAUUUGAAGAACAACGUGAAGAUCAGGGUGUGGAAUGUGGCUGUGUGAAAAAGGAAGAAGGGAAUGACUAUUGGUUUGAUGCUAAAGAGGACUUGACAGGAGCAGAUUUUUCGGUAAUAUCUGAAGAAACAAAAAAACAAGAAGAAAAAAAAGACAUGGUUGAUUUAAUAGAAGUGAAGGUAAUGGAGAGUGGAAAUGAGUGUUCUUUUAUUCGUGUUGGUGGCCUAAGUUCUUCAGUGUCCGAGGAUGAUUUACGAUCCCAUUUCCAGAAGUAUCAGAUUGCUGACAUUCUUACCUAUGCGGAUUCUGGUAACUACAGAUGUACAUUUCUGUGCGUUAAAGACACUAAUAAAGCAAAGGCAGCUGUAGAGGAAAUUAAUCAGCAAAAAAUAAAAGGGAAAAUAGUGAGUGUGGAACUUGUAAAUAAUGCAUCAGAGGACAAAUCUUUGGUUUCCCAAAUACUUACAAGUAAGCUUUGGCAUGAAGUCCAGCCUGUUAAUAACAAUCAAAGAAAUGACCAAGAUAAAACACCUGCUUCAGCCUCCAAUUCUGUGAAAGCACCUGACGCCACCUCUGUUUCUGAGAAAGAACAUCUCCUUCCUGUAACUUCUUUGGAAAUCUCUUGCUCUACACAAGUCCCUUUGGAAACUAAGUGCCCUGGUCUGAAGUCAUCUGCUGAAGAUUUUUCACUUCAAGCUAAUCAAAAGGUGAAGAAUUGUCACUAG